ACUAAAAUGGGAGAAGAGGUGAAAGUGGAAGUAGUGAAAUUGUUUGGUGUAUGGUCAAGCCCUUAUAGCCGUAGGAUAGAAUUAGCCCUUAAAGUGAAGGACAUACCCUUUGAAUAUGUGGAAGAAGACCUUUCUAACAAGAGUACCUUACUUCUUAGGUACAACCCUGUCCACAAAAUGAUACCAAUUUUGGUUCAUAAUGGAAAUCCAAUCGUUGAAUCCCUAAUCAUUCUCGAGUACAUUGAUGAAAUUUGGAAAGACCAUCCUCUUUUACCACGAGAUCCCUAUGAAAGAGCCCAAACUAGAUUUUGGGCUCGAUUCAUUGAUGAUAAGGUGUUGGCAAGUGUAUGGAGGAGUUUCCUUUGCAAAGAUGAAGAAAGAGAGAAGACGAAAGAGGAAGCUUGUGUGCUACUAAGAACACUUGAAAGUCAACUUAAGGGGAAAAUCUUUUUCGCAGGAGAUAAAGUUGGAUACUUGGAUAUAGUAGCAAAUGUUGUUGCAUUUUGGAUUGAAAGGGUACAAGAAGUUGUUGGCAUAAAGAUUAUUAGUGAAGACAAAUUCCCCAUUUUGUGUAGGUGGAUUGAGAGAUUUUAUGAUGUUUCUAUUGCUAGGGAAUGUUUACCUCCAAAAGAUAAGCAUCUUGUGUACAUUAAACAUCGUUAUGAAGUAGCACGUACUUGGAACAAAUAAGCUAAGGACUUACAUUAGAUCGUUCAAGUAGUUGAGACUUGAGAGUCGAGGUGGGGGAAAACCUAUAUAUAGCUAGGCCAGUAUUGUGACUUGUGAGAUGUACGAUCUCUCUUGUUUAUCUACCUAAGCUACAUUAGCAUAGUAUAACAAUCGUAUGUUAUAUGUUAUGGGAAAAAGAAAAAAAAAUGAACCAUAAGUCUAGUUAUGUUAUCUUAUAACAAUCGUUACUUUGUUAUAUUAUGUUAUGUUAUAAUAAUGGUUGUAUGUUAUGUACGUAGUAUGUGCAUAU